AUGACAUUUUGUGCUUCACGUAUUAACUUGGAUAACAUUGCUAAUGAAGAUGCUAGCUCACAUCACACAUCAAAUGACGAAAAUUGCAAAUUAGAUAACAAUCAUGAUAAUUCACUUUUCUCUAAUCUUUUCUCAAGCCCAAGAAUAGAUCCAAAUAUGUUUUCUGUGAUUCUGCUAGGAAAAUUCAAAGGCUUGUAUGAUACAAGAGAGUUGAGAUGUUACAAGAAUACGUGUAAUAGUUGUACUCACUGCAGAUAUUUGCCCUACGUAUCUUCUCCGUUGAAGGAUACAAGUGAUUUUGAAGGAUCCAACCUUAAUCCUAUACUUGGAUGUAGGAUAAAUCUGACGAAAAGCGAAGAAUUGAAAUUGAGAUUUCAUUCCGAAUUGGAUCAUCUAGUUUGCAUUUUUAAGGAGUUCAAGGAUUGGAAAAAUUCCGAACCACAUCAUCUAGAUGCCUUGCCAGAAGAACUCAAUUCUGCAGAGCCAGAGUGUCAUCGCAACCUUGAAACCAACGAAAUGAGUAACAGCCCGGAUACCGAUAUUAAAUCCAGAAAUUCUACUAAGAAUUCAGUGGAAGAUAUUAAAAAAGAGUUACCAUAUAGCGUAAUAAUUAACUCACAAGUGCUGGUGCUCUCUGAUAUCUUACUGAUAUAA